CACAAAUUUUCUUUUGAAAUUAGUCCAGAUGUGAUCAAAAUGUGUUUGUCUUUUAAAGGUUUUGCUUACAGAGAUGAUGGACAGAUGCAAGAAGCUGGGAAACAAUGCUCUCCUGCUGAACUCUGUCAUGUGGGCAUUCCGGCAGAAUUUGUUGCAAUGAGAGCAACAGACUUCUUUGGCAUGAUCAGAGACUGUGAUGAAGCUGGAUUUCCCAAGCACCUGUUGUUUGCGUCACUGGGUCGCAGUCUUUCUGUUGUUGACCCUCCAGAGAGUGAGAGACUCUCCAUACUCAACGAAGCUUGGAAGGUCAUCACUAUAGUGUGCAGUCCAAGGACGGUGAAUCAGUUAGCCAUGGAGACCAGACGUGUAAUGAAAGGCAAUCACUCACCUAAAACGGCUGCUUUUGUCAGGGCAUGUGCUGCCUACAGUGUCAUCACCAUUCCGUCCCUCACCAAUAUCUUCAGCCGUCUCAACCUCUAUCUGCUUUCUGGACAGGUAGCUCUGGCCAACCAGUGUCUGUCCCAAGGUGAGUGCUGGAGCCUCUCUUAG